AUGUACUGGCUUGUACGUGGAGCCGUCGCCGUCACGUCUCGAGAUGGAGAGAGUACAUACGCAGAACUAAAGCCAGGCGCCUUUUUUGGAGAGAUCGGCGUUCUCAUGGACCGUCCUCGUACUGCUACUAUCAUUGCAAGAACUCGCUGCUUGCUUCUCAUCCUGACCAAGGAGGACUUUAGAAACAUUCUUCCAAGAUUCCCAGAGGUGGAGCGAGCCAUCCGGGAUGAAGCAGAAGAGCGUCUUCAGAUCCUUGAGCGUAAGAAACAAAAGGAGUCACCGUCACCACCUGCGGUUGUAGAAAUGAACGCUCCUGGUGGGCAAAAACGUGUGACAAAACGAGUACGGGAUACCAUUGCGGACGGCCUAGAUUUUAAUAAUGACGACCAUCGAGAUGCCAACAGCUUCACUAAGAAGCGCAAAUCACCCAGCCCCAGCUGUCAGGAUGUUCCCACGUCCAGUGCUCUGGCCAACGGGCUCGUCAGCGUGAGAAUGUUGCUCAGAGAACUGCCCCUUUUCGCUAAUCUACCGGCUGAUAUCCUUCAUUUUUUGGGCUUAAAUGCACAACCACGGACUUAUCCACCAUUCACCGAUAUCAUUCGACAAAACUCACAGGGGAGGGAAGUUUUCUUCAUCGUACGCGGUGAAGUUGAGGUCCUGAACGAACGAUGUGACCCCAGCAGCCCCCGCCGUGUUGCUGAUGCGGAGGACUCUCGCAAUGUGCAGGUAAAAGCACGGCUAAAGCAAGGACAAUACUUUGGUGAAGUCGUUAGCCUAUCACUUGCACCGCGAAGAACUGCUACAGUCCGCUCGGUAUCUGCCGUCGAAUGCUUGAUGCUGAGCGGUGAAGUUCUCUCGGAGUUUUGGGCUCGAUGUCCUGCAGAUAUCAGAGAUCAGGUUGAACGGACGGCACGAACAAGGCUUGAUGGCGCUAGUGACGGUGAUGUAGUGAUGGAAGAUGCACCCAGCGCGGACCAACUUUUUACCCCAGGAAAUCAGGCACUCUUCUCCGCCCGGAGACAAUCUAUGCCUCUUCUUACCUUCUCCGAAACAGAACUUGAAUCUCUUCACAAACCCAAUAGGAUGGAAGACGAAUCUGUUGUGAAACCUUCCGACCCAGAUCCAUUUUUGAGUGUUGGGUUAGAUAACGUACGAUCCCGGUCCCGGCGAGGCUCUCUUGCUCCUAUUAUACCUGAAGAUACUGCUCCGGAUCAGCAGUCACAAUCCCAGGCAACGAGCGUAAACUCCCGCUCACGAACACCCUCACCUAAUAAACAUGCUCAGUCGGCACUCUUCACGAACUCAGCCUUUUUUCAAACCAAGCCCUCAAAACAUCGAAACAGUAUCCGUCAUCGUGGAGUACUGUCUAAUGAUGUUCUUGUAUCCAUCUUUCAAUAUCUUGAGCUACAUGUUCUAUUACGUCUCCGUGGGGUUUCUCGCCAGUGGUGUGAGAUAGUCACCAAAUCACCUCGUCUCUUGCACUUCCUUGAUCUAAGUCGGUAUAACCGCAAAAUUACCGAUGAAAUUAUAUCCGGGAUUAUCUGUCCCUUUGUUGGGGACAGACCGCGUGUUAUAGAUGCUAACAACUGUUUUCAUGUCACUGAUGAAGGGUUUUCUGCUCUCGCUAACACUUGCGGUGCCAACUUACGUGUGCUCAAAAUGAAAAGUGUCUGGGACGUCACAGCGCCAACAAUCCUGGAUAUGACAAACCAUGCCAAGUCCCUUCAGGAGAUCGACCUUAGUAAUUGCCGGAAGGUGAGCGAUACGCUAUUGGCAAGGAUUGUUGGGUGGGUGGUACCAGCUCCGCAACAGAACCAGAACCACGUCAACGGUGGUAGAGCUUUACAGAAUUCGAAAUACGCACCGAAAGCGGGUGCAGUACAGCAGCCAGGUCAACCGGCUGCGGGAACAGUAUAUGGCUGUCCGUACCUAAAAAAGAUUACCUUGUCAUACUGCAAACAUGUUACGGACCGUUCAAUGCAUCACAUUGCCUCUCAUGCUGCAAACCGGCUUGAAGAAGUUGACCUUACACGCUGUACAACCAUCACUGACCAGGGAUUCCAAUACUGGGGGAAUGCGCAGUUUCUCAGGCUGAGGAAGCUCUGUCUUGCGGACUGUACUUACCUCACAGACAACGCGAUUGUCUAUUUGACCAAUAGCGCAAAGUGCCUUCAAGAACUCGACCUAUCUUUCUGUUGUGCUCUCUCGGACACCGCCACAGAGGUACUGGCACUUGGCUGCCCUCAACUAACGCAUCUAAACCUUUCCUUCUGUGGCUCCGCAGUCUCUGACCCCUCCCUACGCUCCAUUGGCCUCCAUUUACUUAACCUCCGCGAGCUUUCUGUGCGGGGCUGUGUCCGCGUAACUGGUACCGGUGUUGAGGCUGUUGCUGACGGCUGCUCAAUGCUCAGCCUACUGGAUGUCAGUCAGUGCAAAAAUCUUUCUCCCUGGCUGGAUUAUGGCUUCCAGCACCGAUACCGGGACAGAAUUGAAUUCAUCACCGUUGCACAUAAUGGUAAGAGGUCCCGAUGACAUCAUGCCAGCAUGCCCUUCCUUCCGGCCAGCAUCUAUCUUGUAUACUGUACUCUGUUGUACGGUGUAUACUCCAUUUGUGACAUACCUUUACGAUUUCACCCCGCUUCGCCACACACUCUCCGUUCUUUCUGUAUACUUUUGUUGGCCGGGAACUAGAAAACAUUAUUGGAUCACAUAGCCCAUUCAUAGUUUAUCCCCUUUUGCUCUUUGCUUCUCCUAAAUACCCUCCAUUGUACUGAGUACCAUGUUACCAUGCCUUCUUGGAUCAUGACUAUUUACCCAUUGCACAAACACCGAUCUAUAGCCAUUCGAAUUGCCCUUUUUUCCUUCUUUCCUUCUCCUUUUUAACGCUUCGCAUUAACACACGAUAUAACGACCCCGAAACGAUAUGAUCAAAUACUCCAUUUUGACAAAAUCCAUCUUAACGUGCAUACUCAUACUAUUUUCUUUCCUUCCUUCAGUUCCCUUCUCGCGUAUUCUAUAUUUUGUUUAUUUCAGCUCAUCUACUAUUCUCUUACCCGAACAUCAAAGGAAAUCGAAGCUAUUUCUGAGCUUGGCUGGCGUUAAGAUAGAUGAAACCAGUUGUGCAGAUGUGAUAUAAGAUACCACUUUUAAGUGAUGCAUUGGAUGAGGAAAAGGGAGUGGAUGGCAGGUUAUAAGAGCAGGUCUAGAAAAAGGAGGGAAGGCCACGAUAACUACUCGAGUAAAGUUUCAAUAUCCAUAUUACUUUCAUAACGAGAAUACAGGAGUAUUACACCUUGAAACCUUCGAGUCAACUUAGAAAUUUCAUGGUUGAUAUCGUUGUUACUUAGGACCUAUCUUCCGAGGCACCUGCCUCUUACAUAAGCAGACUCUUAUCGCUUUUCUCAACUUCCAACUUCAUCCGAUUUGACUCUCACAGGCUAACAAGCCAAAAUUCUAUGACAACAUAAGCUCAUUCUCGGGUCAAACUUCCCGUAGUUAGUAUGAAGAAGUUAUUUGUAGCUAUUUCUGAACACUUCGCUAUUACAGAGGUUGUCACGAAAGCAUUAAUUUUCAUGCACGGUACCACUUCCUCAGAACCAGGGCAAUUGAUAUCCCCAAGGCCACACGGCUCAAAUCACACUAAACAUUAUGAAAGAAUAUACCAGCAAAAACGAGGAGUCCAACAUGAGACUAAGCUCGAAAAAUACAGACAAGCCAAGUCGUUCAUUUCUUUGUCAUUGCUCGU